GGCUUUCAGAUGGCCUGUGGGCGCCACCGGGUUCUUGGUUCCAGCCCGGGGGCGCAGAGUAGGUUUAGAGGCGAGUGGGACCGGACAGUCCAGCGCUGGGAGAGCCCAAGAGGACCCGCGAGGCAGAAGCCGCCGCCCCCGGAGUGGCCCCAGCCUCCUGAUCUCCACAGUCAGCCCAUCUUCUUCUGGGCUCGGGUGCCCCGGGCCCCGGGAGCUGCUGAGCUGGGGGGGCGCUGGAGCUGCGAGGAUCCGGGCUGCCCGCGAGAAGAAGAGCGGGCGCCCAGGAUGGGGUGCAUGAAGUCCAAGUUCCUCCGGAAUAAAGGCAAGGCCUCCAAGUCUGAGUCCAGCACCAACCUGCACAGCCCUGUGUACAUGCCAGAUCCCACGACCCCGAUCAAGUUGGGGCCUAACUACAAUGGCAACCCCCCAGGGUUUGUGGAGGCAGGCUCUGAGGACACUGUUGUGGUCGCCCUGUACGAUUACGAGGCCAUUCACCGUGAAGACCUCAGCUUCCAGAAGGGGGACCAGAUGGUGGUCCUGGAGGAGGCUGGGGAGUGGUGGAGGGCGCGAUCUCUGGCCACCAGGAAAGAGGGCUACAUCCCAAGCAACUAUGUGGCCCGCGUGAAUUCCCUGGAGACGGAGGAGUGGUUCUUCAAGGGCAUCAGCAGGAAGGACGCAGAGCGCCACCUCCUGGCUCCCGGCAACGUGCUGGGCUCCUUCAUGAUCCGGGACAGCGAGACCACAAAAGGGAGCUACUCUCUGUCCGUGCGAGACUACGAGCCCCACCAAGGAGACACGGUGAAGCACUAUAAGAUCCGGACCCUGGACAACGGGGGCUUCUACAUUUCCCCGAGGAGCACCUUCAGCAACCUGCAGGAUCUGGUGGCCCACUACAAGAAGGGGAAGGACGGGCUCUGCCAGAAGCUGUCAGUGCCCUGUGUGUCCCCCAAGCCCCAGAAGCCGUGGGAGAAAGACGCCUGGGAGAUCCCUCGGGAGUCCCUCGAGCUGGAGAAGAAGCUGGGCGCUGGGCAGUUCGGGGAAGUCUGGAUGGCCACCUACAACAAGCACACCAAGGUGGCGGUGAAGACGAUGAAGCCUGGGAGUAUGUCGGUGGAGGCCUUCUUGGCCGAGGCCAACCUGAUGAAGACGCUGCAGCAUGACAAGCUGGUGAAGCUGCACGCGGUGGUCACCCAGGAGCCCAUCUUCAUCGUCACGGAGUUCAUGGCCAAAGGAAGCCUGCUGGACUUUUUGAAAAGUGGAGAAGGCAGCAAGCAGCCCUUGCCAAAACUCAUCGACUUCUCAGCCCAGAUUGCAGAAGGCAUGGCCUUCAUCGAGCAGAGAAACUACAUCCAUCGGGACCUCCGAGCCGCCAACAUCCUGGUCUCUGCUUCCCUGGUGUGUAAGAUUGCUGACUUUGGCCUGGCACGCAUCAUCGAGGACAACGAGUACACGGCUCGGGAAGGGGCCAAGUUCCCCAUCAAGUGGACAGCUCCUGAGGCCAUCAACUUCGGCUCCUUCACCAUCAAGUCAGACGUCUGGUCCUUUGGAAUCCUGCUGAUGGAAAUUGUCACCUAUGGCCGGAUCCCUUACCCAGGAAUGUCAAACCCAGAGGUGAUCAGGGCGCUGGAGCACGGGUACCGAAUGCCUCGACCCGAGCACUGCCCUGAGGAGCUCUACAACAUCAUGACCCGCUGCUGGAAAAACCGCCCCGAAGAGCGGCCCACCUUUGAAUAUAUCCAGAGUGUGCUGGAUGAUUUCUACACGGCCACCGAGAGCCAGUACCAACAACAGCCUUGAUGGGCAGGACCAGGCUGGGGCCAGGAGGUGCCCAGGAGGUGUCUCCAACACCAGCCACUGGAGCCCAUUCAUCCUUCCCAUUCCCAGACACCCACCCUCACUGCAGCCACAGUCUCCUCAUCUGCCAAGUGGAUGGGUGGACUGGACAGUCUCUUUUUGACUCUACCAAUCCACACUGUGCCAUUCUCAGGAGUCUCCCAAGUUGAUAUUUCUAUUGCCUGGGAUGAUUGAAUUCCAAUUACAGCUGUGAUUUAGAAAUGUUUAAAAUUAUAAAAUAAGUAUAUUUAAAUAAAAGCUAUUGAAUAAAAGAUAUGAAUGCCAAGGGCUUUACCGGAA